AUGGAGUCUACCGAUGCAUAUUUCUUGACCUCUCCAGCCUCCACCCUCGUGGCCUUGACAUGGCUCUACCUUGCCCACUGUUCCCAGUUCCAAAAGCCCGGGUCGUAUCAAUCUUUCGACGUUGCCGGCUUCCCGGUCUUUCUCAUUCGGGGCAAGGACGACAAGAUCCGCGCUUUCCAUAAUGUAUGUCGCCAUCGUGCCUACACUAUUACCAGAAAGGAGACUGGUGCCUCGACCAUUCUUGGGUGUCGGUAUCAUGGCUGGAGCUAUGAUACCACUGGUCGGCUGGUGAAGGCUCCUCAGUUUGAGGAUGUUCCCGGGUUUGAUAAGUCACAGAAUAGUCUGUUUGAGAUCCAUACGUAUACCACUGAUCAAGGCAUGAUUUUUGUGAACCUCAAUUCUGGUGAGCCGGCUGCAUUUGACAGUGAGGUGGUUUCGAGUUUGAGUGGAUUUGCCCGCAUGGCUGGUCUAGAAGCGAAAUCCACUUGGGUUGUUGGUCAGACUUUGUCGGGAGACUUCAAUUGGAAGGUCGGAGUACGAGCUCGUCACCUCGAUGUCUAUACUAGUGAGCUACAUCGCAGAAUAUCUGAAUUAUCAGGGCCCUCUACCGUUAUGAAGCUUGUCAGGUCUAUUACGCGGAAGAGCACCCGGGAAGAGUAUUCUUCGUUUCCUACUACGCUUAUUUAUUCAUUUCAGUAUGUGGAAUUAUGCCUUGCUCUUUCCUUCUUUCCCGCCUCUGAGUCGAAGACGAAUAUCCGCUUCGACACCUUCGCGAGUUCCGCCGUCAAUGAACCGGAAAUUCAGAGAAUGUCCGAAGUACUAAAGAGCGCGACGAAGAAGUUGAUUGGAGAGAUUGAGCUUGAGUAUCAAUACAUCUCGACCAAGCAAGGAUCUCUGGCCGAGUUAAAUAGCACAGACACUCGUCGAAUCUUGAGUCGACUCCAGGAGCACACAAAGCUCGAACGGAUCGAAGGGGUUCAGAUCCUCCCAGCCAUGCACAAACCAAAAGGGAGCACUCUAUUUCAGAAGGCAGAUCAACAAGUGUGCAAAGAGCUAGACUGUGUUGGCGGUGGAUCGCAGAAUUCAUCGCAGAACGGUACUUCACCAAAUGCACUUGACUGGUAG